AUGAAGAAUUGGUAUCGCCGCUUAGCCUGUUUAUGGACCUCCAAGAAGCGUACCAAAAGCUUGAAAAGCAACCUCAGCAACCUUAUACCCAAGGAUCCUUGUUCCCAUUGGCCGAGAUCCCUAUUUUCCCUCGAAUUAUACGAAACCCACAUUGCCCGUUUCCAGCAGACACUUAAAAAACAGGAAGGUCGGAGUAUCUUCGCGGUCCCAGUCAAACCCACUCGUAUAUAUUAUGUCCAGGGGGAUCUCAAGCGGUCGGCAGAUGGCGAAGUGGACAGUGUAGUGCCGACUAAAAAGGCCCGGAGAACGGAGAACAAGAGCGAGUCUUGA